AUGAACAAUAAGGAGCGCUCGAGACCCGCGUUGGCCAGCAAUACCCUCCAACGACAGAAGUCUACCAAUGGCCUAAGUCCCGCGCCGCUGCCCCGAGAUGCUUCAAUUGCGAGGACUUCCAGAGCCGAUUCUAACCCUGCCGACCAACCUGACCAUGACCCUGACCAUGACCAUGACCGCGAUCCCGAUGACGACGAUCCGCUCCAUAUUGCCUUGAAGGCUCGCUUCGACCUUUCGCAAGCCAGAAUCGCGAAUCUCUUCUCUCGCAAUCCCCUACCGAUCUCGCAUCCAGAUCCAGAAUCACAAACAAGCCGUCCGGCUCGCGACCAAUCACCCUUCGGCCACUCCACCCCACCCCCACCACCUCCACCAAAGAGACCUGCACGCACCAUUGACGAAGAUGACUACGGCGAUGAUGACGAUGAUGAGGAGGAUGAAGACAGUCAACAAAGUCAACAACAACAUGCCACUGCCGAGUCUCCCUCGCGUUCAAAACACGCCGCUUCGCCAUCCUUGUCGCUGAAGCCCACCAUCACGCGCACCAGCAAUUCACCAGCCUCUUCGGACCAUGUCAAGUCUUCGGAAGAUGUGCGCAAGAAACUCGAGCAAGACAAAAAGGCUGUUGAAGAUGCGGCGCGAAAGAGUUUCCACAUCAUGUUCUACACACUCGAGGCUGAUCGAGAUGCCAUGAUGGAACAGCAAAAACUCGACGAUCUGGACAGACAAGUCGAGAACGAAAUGUCUGGAAACCCAAAUCCUGCUCCAACUUCCGACCCCUCUGGUAUCCAACAAGGCUCUCUUAGCAACGCAGAUCUUGGUGCCUCGAGCUUGACCUUGAAGAAUCUCAUUGCCCGUAUAGACGCCAAACGAACCAUGGUCAACGCGAACGACACCCAAUUGCGAACUCUUAUUAGUGAAGUCCGCAAAGGACGUAGCAAAUGGGCGAGCGAGGAGAAGAUCGGCCAGGAAGAGCUGUACGAGGCUGCUGAAAAGGUUCUGAUGGAGCUCAAGGCAAUGACCGAAUACUCGACGCCUUUCUUGCAAAGAGUGAACAAAAGAGAUGCCCCCGACUAUUUCCACAUCAUCAAACAGCCCAUGGACAUCGGUACCAUGAUCAAGAAGCUCAAGAGUUUCUCUUACAGAUCGAAGAAGGAGUUUGUGGGCGACUUGAACCUCAUCUGGGCCAAUUGUCUGACAUACAAUGCUGACCCGGGUCAUCUUCUGCGCAAGAAGGCCCUGUACAUGCGUAAAGAAACCGACAAACUAGUGCCCUUGAUUCCCGAAAUCGUCGUUAGGGACAGAGCAGAAGUUGAAGCAGAAGAGAGACGUCUACAAAAUCUUGAUGUUGACCUUGAGGGAGGAGAAGACAGCGACGAUGAUCAACCUAUCAUGGCAUCGCGUGGCCGUAAAGCUCCAGGCAAAAGCAAGAAGGGACAAUCGAAUACGACUCGGCAGACUACUCCAGGUGCUGUUGAAGGCACUCCAGCUGCCGAAUUCAAGCCUGCAAUUCAUGCUUCUGCGACUAGUCUGCGAAAUGAAUUCCUGCGUGCCGAUUCCGACGCCCCUGCAGAAGCGAGCUCGAAUGGCUUUACUACGCCACCUCCACCUGGCAUGGCGACCCCGUUCGGAUUAAAUGGAAUGAGCCAACCCGAUCUAAUGGAGGUGGAUGUUGUCGGAAACUCGAUCGCCAUCAGUUCACAGGUCGAGGAUCCAGACGAGGAUGAUGCUGAGUUCAAAACAUGGAAGCAAGUGACCAAGAAGGACAGAGCUAUGGCUGCCGCUGAAAGAAACCGCUUGUUUCGUGGUAACCAUCUGAAUUCAGACGAACCGGCUCUGCUGCGCACAAAAGCAGGAAUGCGAAGAUGGCUCCGUCAGCAGAAGCAGAUCUUGAUAGAGGCAAAUAGCGCGCUCUCGAAGACUGAGACUGAUGAGUCGGAACCCGACACGACCACCACCGGAGAAACCCUUGCCGAGAUCCAGAAAGAUCAAGACCGCACACUUCCAGACUACUACGACGUUCUGGCUGCGAUACCAGAUCUGAACGAACAGUUGAAAUGGACCGAAGACUCGGAAGGCAAAGUCAUACCCCAAGUUGAGGAUUACCUGCGAUUGUUCCCAAGCGAACAAUUCAUAUCGUCAGAAAGUGGCCUUACCAAACGAAUGGAAGCGAAUAUGAGGCAAAUGCAGGAGACUCGAAAGAUCUGCGCAAAGAUUGGCAUUGUCAAACAAAUGCAAAUCCAAGCUCAGACCUAUCAGAACCAAUUCCAGAAGUACGAUCCUCAGCCGUUCGUAGAACAAGAUAUUGGCGCUGUUGCUGUUUCCGAAGAUGGACCCAUCAUGUCACCAUGGGUCUGUCGUGCAGCCUUCCAAAGAUCGGUGGGUAAGAUCUUCUACCAUGCCGGCUUUGAAGAUUUCCAACCUUCUGCGCUUGAUGCAGUCACGGACAUCGCCAGCGAUUUCUUUGGCAAGCUUAUACGUACCUUUACCCUGUACAACGAAGCGCCAAAAGACGAUCUGGAUGCUCAUAGUUACAGUGCCGAGGAGCAAGUGCUCCACUGCCUGCACAAGAAUGGUCUGGAUUUAGAAUCUCUCGAGACAUAUGUCAAUGAAGAUGUCGAGAGGCUAGGAACGAAGUUGGGUGUGGUACAUGAACGCAUGAAGGCGCAUCUCGCCGAUCUACUUCGUCCGGCCUUGGGCGACAGUGUUGGUGCAGAUGGCGUCGGUGCAUUCAACGAUGGCAGCGAUCAGUUUACCAGCGGCGACUUUGCUGUCGACUAUGACGAAGACUUCUUUGGCUUUAAGGAGCUUGGCCUGGCUGAUGAGUUCGGUCUGGAGAGUCUCAGCGUCCCACUGCAUUUGCUGCAGAACCGCAUGCACAGCGCCUACCAAGCCAACCACACUAGCUUGAUCACAUCAUCUGGUAUCGUAUUCCCUGUACCUACCCCCUACGACCCCAUCUCGACGGACAAUCUGCCCUCCCAAAUUGGCUUGGUUCAAGACUUCUUCGCCACCAAACUCGCCGCCAACCAAGGACGACCACUGGUCGAUGACGAGGACUUGCCUACUAAACAGCGCUUCCCACGUCCUCGUCUACCUCCUACAGGCAAGAUCAGCAGUCCCCGCAAACGACCCAUCCGCGAGCAACAACAAGCAGCAAAGAAGCGCAGAAAGUUGGAAGAAAACAAGGACGACAGUAAACUAGUCAAGCCGAUCGGACCCCUCAAGUUGGCGAUGCCAGGAGUCAACAAGGGCAAAGACGCAGAACCGGAAAAAGACCACGAAGGAAAGAAUGCCAUGAUGAGUCCACCCGAAAGCAUUACUGCCAGCUAA